AAAUGGGAAUACAACCUCAAUGAGUUUGGCUCUUUCAUUUUCAACGUUACAUUAUAAAAUAUAAACCAAAAUUCGCUUUAUUUGUAAAUUACUACGUAGUUCUUAUUUUCUUAACCUAUAAAUUCUGUGAUAACGAGAAGAACUCCUUAAAUUUUCAAUGGCAAAAGGUGGUAAUUUUUGGUUUUACGCAAUUCUCAUUUUGGGUCUCCUAUAUACAGGAUUCACGUGUGAUUUGAACAACCUCCAAUAUGAAGUCGAAAGAAGUGAAAGAGAAAUACUAGGGAAACAAGAAUGGAACGUGACAAUGCUACACACCUGCCAAGAUUGUUCAUUAAGUAACAUAACUUUUAGAAACUGCAACAAUUGGCUAACUGUUGAACCAGUUGAUCCAACUAUUUUCUCUAAAAAUGGAGAUAAAUGUGUUCUUAUUAACAAUAAUAUUUUGAAGCCAGGUCAACAUGUCAACUUCUCUUAUGCUUGGGAUACUCCUGUUGUUUGGGUCCCAGAUUUUGCGGUUGUUAUUUGCUAGUAAAUGUGGUUAAUUUGCUAGCUUUAAUUUCAACUUAUUGACAUCGUUUAGAAUAAAUCUAGUGUUUGUUGUCUUUUACAAGAACUUGAUCGAUCAAUGUAUGUUUUUUCUUAAUGUCAUGUGGUUAUUCCGAGACUUCGAGAGUAUAUGUUGUGUGAA